AUGAAGCGGUUUCUGGUUCUCAUUGUUCUGCUAUGUGAAUUACUCAAAGACGCCAUGCGGCCCAAAAAGUGCUUUAGUAAUGUGACAGGCUUCUGCAGGAAGAGAUGCAAAUUAGGGGAAACUUCUGACAAGGGAUGUCUCCGUGGGAAAUUCUGUUGUGUUAACCAAGAGGAAAACAAGAAGUACAAGAAAGCCCCGGAAGUUCCAGAUCAACCUUUUACGCAGAAUGAGAAGGACAAGGUGGAGGAGUUGGUCAUCCUGCCCACGGUCACACUCAUCACCAUCAUCUUGUAG